GUUGCAGGAGAUUUUCAGGAGAGUUCAGCAGCAGGAGCAGCAAAGACUAAUGGCUAAAGUGGAGCUGACACCGCUCAGACCCUGGGACGACUUCUUCCCUGGGUCGGAGAGAUUCUCCAAACCAGAUGUUAAAGAUUUAGCUAAAUGGAACAACAGAGUCGUCAGCAACUUGCUAUACUAUCAAACAAAUUAUUUAGCUUUGGCUGUCGUUGCUUUCCUCGUUGUUGGGUUCCUGAACCCUCUGGGGAUGUUCACAGCCAUGGUCGUGGUGUCGGGCGUCUUCAUGGGUUCAGUGUGGGCUGGAGAGAACAGAAGUGCAAUAAACACCUUUAAGAGGCAGAAUCCUACAGCAUUUGUGAUCGCUGUUAUGGUGGCCAGCUACGUUGUAAUCUCCAUGCUGGGGAGUGUCGUGGUGUUUAUGACGGCAAUCACUUUACCUCUGGCUUUGAUAUCCGCACACGCUUCAUUUCGCCUACGCAACAUGAAAAACAAACUGGAGAACAAGAUUGAAGGAGCAGGACUGAAGAGGUCACCGAUGGGUAUCUUGUUGGAAACCCUGGGUCAGCAAGAGGACAACAUUAUGAAGAUCCAGAGUUAUCUGGAGGGAAAACUGAAGGAAUGAUUGGACAAAACAUGCACAUCAUUUCACCAAAGAUUCUUGAACAUGAGCAUGGUUGUAACAUUUCUAAAUCUUUCAGAUUAACUCUUACGUGUUUUUUUCAAACACAAGUGUAUGUGUGUGUGAGAAUGUGUGUGUGUUUGUCUAAAAGAAGAAAUGUUAAAGGGAUGUAUUUUUGUAUCUGUCACUCCACCCAGAACUUGUCGGGGCACUUUUCCUUAAACGGUGAUGAGGACAUUGUAGCUCCUCACAUUUCUACUAUGCAAUUUGUUUCUAUGCAACACAGCUGCAGACUUCUUCUUCUUUUGUAUGAAAUCUGUGUUGAAUUAGUCUCAGAAACUACCUUAAAUCAUGACAGUUAACUAUCCACCAAAGUUCUAAAGAAAUGAACGUGUUGUUUUACAACAAAGAAAAAGUGCAAACUCACCACCAUCAGGGCCAAGCUCUUCUAAAGGCUUGACUGUUUCAAGUUUGUGACUAAUGUCUCAUCACAUAAAAUUCUACUGUUGUCUUAAUUAUGCAUUUGAAUGGAAACUAAUCCACUUCAUGUUCAUGCAAAUAAAAAGAGCCAAACAAAAGAGUGACACCUUUAAAUGCUUGUUACUCAAAUAAACUGAGUUGAAAUUCAAAAUGAAGACAUCAAAGAAUCGCAACAUCUUGUCCAUCAAUAUUCCUCCUCUCUUUUAAUCUUAACAGUACCCCCUUGGUUAAGAAGUGGGUAUUUAGGAGGUCUGUUGGACAAGUGGUUUGAGCGUGCGCCCUUGCACAGCGGUCCCUGGUUUGACUUCGGGCCAUGGCUGCUUGCUGCAUGUCUUCCCUACUCUCUGCUCCCCACAUUCCCCGUCUCUUUUCAUCUGUUCUAUUAAAUAAUGGCAAAAAUGGGACACGAAUAAACCCACCUUCUCAGUAUUUUUGCACGUAUACUUGGAUAUCUGGAAUGUCCACUGACCCACUGAAUGUGAAAUUAAAUAAUCUAGUCCUUUGUUCAUUAUCUGUAUGCCUGAAUCUGCUCUCCUUGUGAUAUCUCAAUGAGAGUCAUUGUAAUAAAACAUGCCCCCUCA